CAGCGCAACCGACCUUCAAUCCGUCGAGUCUUCCAUAUUCCUUAUUUCAUUGGUUGCGAUUGAAUUACUGCAUCCCCUAACGCGUCUCUGAUUGGCUGGCCUGCGUGUCAAUCACAGCGGCACCUCCAGCAGCACGCUUUGAUUGGCUAAGGCCCCCUUCUCUUUCUCUUUGCGGUGAAUCGCGGCGGUGGGUCGAGUCGCCGCCGCUGAUGCUGCUGGUGUCCCUGGUCAGGCACGUUUAACAUUUCACCCCCUUCAUAUUUUAUAUUCAUAUUUAUCGUGCCCCGUCCCCUGUGUGUGGAGAGAUAAAGAUGGCAGCGAUGGCCCGCCUGGAGGGCCGCGAGUUUGAGUAUGUGAUGAAGAAGCGCUCGGUGACGGUGGGUCGGAACUCGUCGCAGGGCUCGGUGGACGUGAGCAUGGGCCACUCGAGCUUCAUCUCCCGCCGGCACCUGGAGGUCUUCAGCGCCGCCGCCGAGGACACGGGCACGGGGGAGUUCUAUCUGCGCUGUCUGGGGAAGAACGGGGUGUUCGUGGACGGGGUGUUUCUGCGGCGGGGGGCGCCACCCCUGCAGUUGCCUCGAGUGUGCACAUUUCGGUUCCCAAGUACGAACAUCAAGAUCACGUUCACUGCGCUGGCAAGCGUAAAGCGUGAGAAGCAGGAAUCGGAGUCUCCGGUGAAAGCGGUUCAGCCACAGAUCUCCCCUUUAACCAUUAACAUCCCAGAUAACAUUGCUCACCUCAUGAGCCCCCUGCCCUCACCCACCGGCACCAUCAGCGCUGCUAACUCGUGUCCAUCCAGUCCGCGUGGUGCGGGAUCGUCCGGUUACAGAAUGGGCAGGAUCGUGCCUGACCUGCAGCUCAUGAAUGAUAACUCUCAGUCUGAGAACGACAAAGAGGCAUCAGAAGGAGACAGUCCAAAGGAUGACUCCAAACCUCCGUACUCGUAUGCUCAGUUGAUCGUUCAGGCCAUAACGAUGGCGCAGGACAAGCAGCUAACACUAAACGGCAUCUACACACACAUCACCAAGAACUACCCGUACUACAGGACAGCAGAUAAAGGCUGGCAGAACUCGAUUCGUCAUAACCUGUCACUGAAUCGGUACUUCAUCAAAGUCCCGCGCUCACAGGAAGAGCCGGGCAAGGGCUCGUUCUGGAGGAUAGACCCGUCAUCUGAGAGCAAACUCGUGGAGCAGGCAUUCAGGAAACGCCGGCCACGGGGCGUCCCAUGCUUCAGGACCCCGAUGGGACCCCUCUCAUCCAGGAGCGCCCCGGCGUCGCCCAAUCACUCGGGCGUUCUCUCCGCCCACUCCAGCGGUGUGCAGACCCCCGACAGCCUAUCACGGGAAGGCUCACCGGUUCCCAUAGAGCCAGAGCCCGCCUCUGCCCCGCCCCCUGCUGCUGCCGUCCAACCCAAGCUUGCUGUGAUUCAAGAGGCCCGUUUUACCCAGAACACCACAGCGUCUCCCAUCACCUCCCAGCCGGUUCUGAUUGCGGUCCAGCGUCCGUUAACGCAGACGAUCAAACCGGUCACAUACGCUGUGGCCGCCCCAGUCACGUCCUCCACGUCUGCGCAGCCGCUGAUGCAGACGCUGCACGUGGUGCAUCAGAUCCCUGCAGUGGCCGUCAGUACAGCAAUCAAAACAGAGACUCUGGAGAAUGGAGAGGAGGUCAAAGUGAAGGUAGAGUCAGUUCCUGGCAUCACUCAUGGCUCCAUAGGCUCAGCCAAUAGGAUCAUUCAAAGCAGCACUGCAGCCACACCCCUCCAGACGGUUACCAUAGUGCAACAAGCCCCAUUGGGCCAGCACCAGCUGCCAAUCAAAACCAUCACCCAGAACGGCACGCAUGUAGUGCCCAUCGCCACAGCGAUACAGAGCCAGGCUAACACAGUGUCGAGUCCGUUACACAUGUUGGCCGCUCACGCCUCGGCGUCCGCCUCCCUCCCCAUGAAGCGGCAGAACGGAGAAAACGGAAGCGAGCCGCCGGAGAGCAAACGAUUGAAAACCGAGGAUGAAGAACACGUGGUCACCACCGACCCGAACGGGACCGCUGCGGACACAAACUCCACCAACCAGCACAACUAGACAUCCAUUAACCUCCACCACCUCCACUUUCCCUCCCUUUAUUCUGGUUUUCUCUUUUCCUUUUUCUCAUUCUCAUCACGGUUUCUCUUCCACCCAGCAGCUCACAGUGCCAAAACUGAAGGCUUGGACAAUAACUCUUCGAACCGAAGCAAAAACGUCAAAAAAAAGAACCAAAUGCAUAAAAUCCUAUCCGUUACUAUCCGUCGUUUUCUGUAGCAACCCUUCUGUCUGUUUUCCGUUUUAAUACUCAAACGCCUGAUUGAACAAAAACUCGCACCUCGAAACACAAGAGCAACUGCCACCUGGGCAUUUUUUUACAAACUUUCACCGAUGUUGGAGGCGUUCGUUCAGCUCGGAUUCUGUAUUUUGGUGAUGUUUAGUGACUCGCGGACAAAAUUAAAAAGGAAAGAUGCCCUCCGGAUGUGCAGAUGUGGAUCCGCUGCGCCCUCAGAAGGAUUCUAGAACCUCCGGAACUCGUGUGUUGCUCACAGCAGACUGAGAAUUCCGAAUCCGGAUUUUUUGGCGCUGACAGCGGAACACUGGCUUCGAUCCAACAUUCCAAAGUUUGGGAGUCCACUUACAGAGGGUGAAAAGCCAAGAGGAUGUCCUGGAAUGGAAUUACACUCCAUGAACCACAAAUAGGUUGUUGUCUUUAAAAAAAAAAA